AUGUCGGUAGCAGCAAAUUCAGCUGCUGCUGCAGCAACAGCAGCAACAGCUACAGCCGCCGAACCACCAGCAGCAGCAGCAGCAGCAACAGCAGCAACAGCAGCAGCAGCAGCAGCAGCACAAGGAACGAUACAAAAGACAAUCCCUGCAUCUGCUGCCUCCCCUAUAUGCCCCCAGCACGGCGUAUAUAUAAAACUAGCGGAUGUAAGACAGAGUGCUUCUCCCGCUGCUGCUGCAGCAGCAGCAGGAACAGCAGCAGCAGCAGCAGCAGCAGCAGCAGCAGCUCCUGCUGCUGCUGCUACUCUGGUGACAUAUGAAGAAUUUGUAUUAAAUAUAAAAAACUUCAGCCACCCGGGAGGAGACGAUCUGCUGCAGCAGUUUUAUGGUGGAGAUAUAACAGCAGCAUUUGCUGAUGCAGGCCACAGCAGCAGCGCGAAGCUGCUGCUGCUGUCUUUGUGUGUUGGUAUCAUCGAGGAGAAGAAGCAGCAGUAUAUCCAUAAAACUGGCAAUGUUUGCUGCUGCUGCAGCAGCAGCAGCAGCAGCUGCAGCAGCAGCAGCAGCAGCAGCAGCAAGUGGAAAGAAUUCGGCAGAGAAAACGGUGUAAAAAGAAGAACUGCAGCAGCAGCAGCAGCAGCAGCAGCAGCAGCAGCAGCAGGAAAGGAUAGCACCACAGAUGAGGAGUCAGAGAUAUCGUCAUACACUGAAUGCAGCACAGACAACCCAGCAGCAGCAGCAGCAGCAGCAGCAGCAGCAGCAGCAGCAGCAGCAGCAGCAGCAGCAGAGCCUCUUAUAGACCUAGAUAAACCCCUCGUUCCUCAGGUGUAUAGGAUGCAGCACGAGGUGUAUAUGCAGCUCAUCAAUACACCCCACUGCACCAAAAAAGUUUAUACACUUCUCCCCUGGCCUAGGUAA